AUGGCUGGACGACGUGAUUGCCGUGUCUACAUCGGGAAUCUGCCGCCCGACAUAAGACAGCGCGAUCUGGAGGACCUCUUCUACAAAUAUGGCCAUAUCAAUUUCAUCGAUGUGAAGCUCACUCGUGGAGCGCCUUUCGCUUUCAUCGAAUUCGAUGACCCACGUGAUGCGCGCGAUGCAAUUCGUGGACGCGAUGGAUACGAGCUGGACGGCUGUCGAAUUCGCGUUGAAAUGACACGAGGAGUUGGCCCGCGUGGACCAGGUGGCCGUCCACUGUAUGGCCCGGAUCGCGGCGAAAUCCGAGACCGACGACCACCGCCACCGCGUGGCCCACCCCGUCGAAGUGGCUAUCGUGUGCUGGUCACCGGUCUGCCAAUGACAGGCUCCUGGCAGGAUUUGAAAGAUCAUAUGCGCGAGGCGGGCGAUAUCUGUUACGCGGAUGUGUACAAGGAUGGCACUGGUGUGGUGGAGUAUACCAGACAGGACGACAUGAAGUACGCAAUCAAGAAACUCGACGAUACGAAGUUCAAGUCGCACGAGGGCGAGACGUCGUACAUUCGAGUGAAGGAAGCAGCAAUUGAUGAUCGCUACAGAUCGCGUUCCCGCUCGCCACGUGGUUCGCCAAAAUAUAGCCCAAAGUCGGCCUCUCGUUCGCGCUCCCGUUCGCCCCUUCAUUCUGCAUCUCCUGGUCGUUCCUCCCGCUCACGCUCACCAUAA